UGAACUCGAAGAAGAAGAAGAAGAAGAGGAGGAGGAGGAAGAAGAAGAAGAGGAAGGUAUCGAUGGGGAAGACGACGUACAAGAGGGUGAAAGGGAGCCAGAACCUGAGGCAGAGGCUGCUCCUGUCCACCCUUGCCUCCACCGCCGUCAUCGUGGAGGACAUCCGCUCCGACCACACGUGGCCCGGCCUCCGCCCCCACGAGGUCUCCCUCCUCCGCCUCCUCGAGAAGGUCUGCGACGACUGCGUCGUCGAGAUCAACGAGACCGGAACGAAACUUAAGUAUAAGCCCGGUAUCAUAAUGGGCGGGAAGCAUCUUGUUCAUGAUUGUGGUGUCAGCCGUUCUAUUGGUUAUUUCUUGGAGCCUUUGAUUGUACUCGGCUUGUUCGCGAAAAAACCUCUCCGCAUAAGGCUCAAAGGAAUCACGAAUGACUCUAAGGACCCAUGUGUCGAUACAUUUCGCUCCACUACCUUACCAAUCCUAAAGCGUUUUGGAGUUCCUGCUGAUGGUUUGGAAUUAAAGAUAGAGAGCCGUGGAGUGCCUCCUCAUGGUGGUGGAGAAAUUGUCUUGUCAGUUCCCAGUGUCCAGAGUCUAGCAGCAGUCACAUGGAUCGAUGAAGGAAUGGUCAAGAGGAUUAGAGGGAUCACUUUCUCUACACGUGUUUCUGCACAAUUUGAGAAUAACAUGAUACAUGCAGCUCGUGGAAUAUUCAAUCGUCUACUUCCAGAUGUUCACAUCUUUACUGAUCACAGAGCUGGCCCACAGGCUGGGAAAUCUCCUGGUUAUGGAAUUUCAUUGGUCGCGGAAACUACUUCUGGUUGCUGCAUAUCUUGUGAUACUACGGUAUCUUACGGACUAGAAGAAGGGAAUGAAAUUGAAGGGGAGGAGAAAAAGGAGUUAACGCCUCCAGAGGAUGUUGGUGAGCAAACUGCCUCUGUUCUACUCAGUGAAAUUGAGCAAGGUGGAGUGGUGGAUUCAACACAUCAGGGUCUAUUGUUUCUUUUGUGUGCAUUGAGCCCGCAAGAUGUUUCGAAGGUUCGUGUUGGCAAGCUUUCACCGUAUGGAAUAGAAACUCUCAGGAACAUCAGAGAUUUUCUGGGGGUCAAAUUUGUUAUCAAGCCAGAUCCUUCAACGGAGACAGUUAUACUUAAAUGUGUUGGAUGUGGAAUGAAGAACUUGUCUAGGAAGGUUUCUUGAUGACAAUAUGGAAGAAUCUUGUAUCUAAGGCAUGCAUUGGUCUUGAUUGACAGCAUCGUGCAAGGUCUCUGGUGGUCCUCCUGUCGAGCGGAAUUUUAUCUUCCUUGGUCCCUGCAGAGAAGAAUUACUAUGAUCAUUACACCAUAGGCCGACCGCAGCAAUUGUCCGCCUGUGGUAUACCAAAAUUGAGUCAUAUGGAGCCAUGCUCAUGUUAUAUUUUUGUCUUGGAUCAGAGCGCUGACUGCGAUCCAGUCGAGUUCUGGCAGUACGCAAGCAAAAAUUUUGGUUCAUUGAAUUUUUGUUUGGACUCUCGGGUAAAUCUUAAAAGUUAUAUACGAUGUUGAAAUACAAACCCUGGAGAAAGCAUUGGCGGCUAUUUAGGCUUCACAUUGCAUUCUCUCCUUUUCUACCA